AUGGCGGCUCUCCGGCUAGGAGAAGAGCUCGCUUUCGAAAAGCUCUUCGUCUCUAUUAUGUUGAAAGACACUUUCAGCAGCGAGGCUUUCAGGGACUUUGUUUUAAGUGCGUUUUGUGUAAAGAAAGCGUCCACAGCCUGUGACAAAAGUAUUUCUGUUCCCAGCAGCUCCUCUGAGCCCGCUCAGCUGAACAGCGCGGAGCGAUGUCAAGGCGCUGCACAACGGAAGAGGUUUGUGUCGCUGGGCGAAAUGACUGCUUUUGAAGGCUGGUUUUCUCCCGGCUCUGCAGAGUUUGCAGAGCUCAGUGCUCGCUUUCGCGGGGCUUCUUCUUGCAGAUUUGUCUGCUCGCCCGAGCUCAUUUUUCAUCUCUGGAAUGUGCGUUUUUGGAAUACGCUUCUCGCCCAGUGCAAAGUGUUUUCCGCGGAUUUUUCCUGUGUCGAGCCUGCCUUUGGGGAGGUGAACCAGCUCGGCGGGGUGUUCGUGAAUGGGAGACCCCUGCCCAAUGCCAUCAGGCUCCGGAUUGUGGAACUGGCCCAACUGGGCAUCCGACCCUGUGACAUCAGCCGACAACUGCGGGUUUCCCAUGGCUGUGUCAGCAAAAUCUUGGCUCGCUACAACGAGACUGGCUCCAUCCUACCCGGGGCGAUCGGAGGCAGCAAGCCCCGGGUCACCACCCCCACGGUCGUGAAACACAUCCGGACCUACAAACAAAGGGAUCCCGGCAUCUUCGCCUGGGAGAUCCGGGAUCGCCUGCUGGCAGACGGCGUGUGCGACAAAUACAAUGUGCCCUCCGUCAGCUCCAUCAGCCGGAUCCUCCGGAACAAAAUUGGAAACCUUUCCCAGCAGAGUCACUACGACUCCUACAAACAGCACCAGCCGCCUCCCCAGCCCGCCCUGCCCUACAACCACAUCUACUCCUACCCCAGCCCCAUCGCGGCGCCUGCCUUUGGGGAGGUGAACCAGCUCGGCGGGGUGUUCGUGAAUGGGAGACCCCUGCCCAAUGCCAUCAGGCUCCGGAUUGUGGAACUGGCCCAACUGGGCAUCCGACCCUGUGACAUCAGCCGACAACUGCGGGUUUCCCAUGGCUGUGUCAGCAAAAUCUUGGCUCGCUACAACGAGACUGGCUCCAUCCUACCCGGGGCGAUCGGAGGCAGCAAGCCCCGGGUCACCACCCCCACGGUCGUGAAACACAUCCGGACCUACAAACAAAGGGAUCCCGGCAUCUUCGCCUGGGAGAUCCGGGAUCGCCUGCUGGCAGACGGCGUGUGCGACAAAUACAAUGUGCCCUCCGUCAGCUCCAUCAGCCGGAUCCUCCGGAACAAAAUUGGAAACCUUUCCCAGCAGAGUCACUACGACUCCUACAAACAGCACCAGCCGCCUCCCCAGCCCGCCCUGCCCUACAACCACAUCUACUCCUACCCCAGCCCCAUCGCGGCGGCGGGGGGCAAGGGGCCCACCCCCCCGGGGGUGCCAGCCAUCCCCAGCGCCAUGGCCAUGCCGCGCACCUGGCCCUCCUCCCACUCGGUCACGGACAUCCUGGGGAUCCGGUCCAUCACAGACCAAGUGAGUGACAGCUCGCCCUACCCCAGCCCCAAGGUGGAAGAGUGGAGCAGCCUGAGCCGAAGCAGCUUCCCCGCCUCCGUCCACUAUAACAAGACUUCAGUAUUACUGACCUGGGUAGCACAGUUUUUAAACACAGUAAAAAUACCUUUCAAAACCAUAGUGUCUUUCUCACACUUCUAUGAAGAGUCUGAAAGUCACACUGGAUGUGUCUAUGCGAGACACUACAUUGCUAUAGCGAUGAGCUAUGGUGACAUAGUAUCUGUGGGCACUACCGUGAUGCUGCCGGUGAUCUGGAUCGCACCCCAUUCGAAUGCUAAUUGUGAGACCUGCGUCUUACUGGCCACCUGCUUCCACGCCCAAAACACAGUGCCCUGCCCAACAGUCCACAUGGCUUCAGGGCACUCCAUCGGGAUGAAACUAAUAAAGAAAGUCAGAGAGGCACCAAAUGGCCUCCCAGCUGUCAGCAGUUUUGUCUCAGCACCAACUAUGGCUCCUUAUCCUACACCAGCCCAGGUGUCACCUUAUAUGACAUAUAGUGCUACCCCUUCUGGUUACGUGGCAGGCCAUGGCUGGCAACAUGCCGGGGGCACUCCGCUGACACCUCACAACUGUGAUAUUCCUGCAUCAUUGGCAUUCAAGGGCAUGCAGACAGCCAGAGAAGGUAGUCACUCUGUCACAGCCUCUGCUCUCUGAUACAGGAUUCCUUCUAGAAGAACCGCAACUCAUCCUUGUUUCUCCCCCUCCCUUAAUCCUGACUCCCAGACUGAUCUUUUGUGUUGGUGACAUUUAAAAUCCCUGCCCUCCCACCUCCCCAUCUCAGACUUUUCUCCCACAAAAUCUGUGGGACUGAAAGCAUAAAAAACAACGUAAGAAAUGGAUAGAUGUGUGCUGUUGCCCUUGCACUGUUUUAAGUAAAGAAGAUCUUACAUCCCUCAAAGGGCUCAUGGAACUCUUGUCUAUUCAUCGGUUAAACCACACAUAUUUAUUCUUGAU